AUGGCCGACAGAGAUGGAAGAUCGCUUUCCAAGAUCAGCGACUCUGCCUUCAAUACCUCCCAGAAUCACAGGCCGAAUUCCGGGAAGAUUACCAAGACCAUGUCUGCUCAUCAGAGCACGUCUAGAUUUCAGAUUUUAAAGCACCAGGUGGUGGGAAAAACGACGGAGUUGACUGAACUAAAGAAGAAAAUAACUACAUUAAGAACGAGGAAGUAUAAACACGAUCUCCAGCGAGAACAGGCGCAAGAUGCAUUGGAGAGACUUAACGACCAAAUGACGUUGCGAGAGGAGGAGAUGGCUAAUGUGGAGGAGAACAAGUUGAUGGGGCUGAAAGAGCUAGAAGCCGAUUUUGAGGAUAAAAAACUUUCGCUGGUUUCGAAACAAAAUGCCGACCUUCAAAAAAAGGCGGACGAGUACUUCAAACUGGCUCAGGAUACAGAAUUGCAGAAACAGGAAAGCCGCAAAGCGGAGUUAUCUCACCUAAUGGGUGAGGUGGAAAGCCUGAAAAACCAAAUCUCCAAUUUGCCGCUGGAUUUCCAGCAGGCAAUUAAUGAUAUCGUUGUGUCUGGUGAUAAAAAUCUGGAGCUGGUCAAGAAAGAAAAGCAGUCCGAAAUAAUGGGAUUGAAUCACAGUAUCGAGGUCACCAAGGAUCUGAUAUUAGAAGCCAACCAUAAGCUCUCCAAGGUCAAAGAUGAAGUGGAGAUUUCCAUUGGAAGGACGAACACAAUGGAAUUAGAAUACGAGGAGUUGUUGGCACAAUGGAAGCUCACGGAGAACAGUUGCAUUGAUCUUCAACAUGAAAUAGAUUCACAAAUGGACGAGCUCAAAUCUCUUGAAGAUAAAAUAGCUGAAGUCAUGAAUAAUGCAGAGAUGUACGAUGCCAAUGCUCUUCAGAUGGACGACCAAAUUCUGUCUCUGGAGAAUAGCAGAAGAAAUUUGCAUGGACUAUUACAGGAUUUGAAAGGUAAUAUACGAGUAUUUUGCCGAGUGAGACCUUUGAAGGCCGAAGAGAAUCCCGCUCGAAUUGAAUUCGCACCAAUGAAUGAUGCCUUCAAAGAACAAAUUACUUUGGUUACGGAGCAGAGAGAUAGCAUGACCGGCCGGACCCCAGCACCAAAACCUCUCAAGAAAUAUGACUUUGGAUUUGACAAAGUGUUUGACGAGUCUUUGUCGAACUCGAAGGUUUACGAGGAGAUAUCCGAACUUGUACAGAGUGCUCUGAAUGGCUUCAAUGUUUGCAUUUUUGCAUAUGGACAAACGGGCUCUGGCAAAACGUUCACGAUGUCGAAAAAAGAGGACGGCAUGAUACCGAGGGCCAUCAGACAAAUCUUUGAAGAGGUGAGCCAUCUCAAACAGCAAGGCUGGGAGUUUGAGAUCCAAGGUCAAUUCUUGGAAAUAUACAACGAAACAAUUAACGAUCUCAUAGGAAACACUUACUCCGAUUCACAGAAGCACGAGAUUAAACACGACGAGACAUUGAUGCGCACAUCCGUCACUGGAGUCACAAAAGUUUUUCUUGAUAGUCCAGAGACUGUGAACGAGCUUCUUGCGAAAGCCUCGAAAAACAGAUUCACAGCAUCGACCAAAGCUAACGAUAAAUCAUCCAGAUCACACAGUUUGUACAUCUUCGAGAUCACAGGACACAACGUGAACCUGAAUGAGAGCACCAGAGGAGUUCUCAAUCUCGUUGAUCUCGCAGGUUCUGAAAGAUUCACCCACUCGCAAACAACAGGCGACAGAUUCAAGGAGACUCAGGCCAUUAACAAAUCGUUAAGCUCGCUUGGUGACGUGAUAUGUGCUUUGGGUGCAAAUAGCUCAAAGCAACAUAUUCCUUACCGAAACUCCAAACUGACUUAUCUCCUUCAAUAUUCGCUGGGUGGAAACUCCAAGACUUUAAUGUUUGUCAAUAUAUCUCCAGCACAUGUUCAUUUCAACGAGACAUUGAACUCUCUAAGAUUUGCUACCAAGGUCAAUAAUACGCAUAUUGGAAAUGCUAAGAGGAAUGCUUGA